AUGUCAUCGCCCAACAGCAAAUUGAGCCAGAGGGCGGAGGCAUUGCAAGCUCUGAAAGGCGCAACGGCACCCCCUGUAUGGACCAGCGUGAAGUCUGACGUGGAACAAUAUUCGUCGCCGCGCAGUGAUGCUGCUCAGUCCGAGCUUGCUGAGUCAGGCGUGAAGGAUGAAUCGCUCAAUGAGACCGGUCAGAACCCGGUGCCUGUCACCGAGACAGCGUCAGAGUCUUUCUACAAGCUUCUCUUGGACCUCUGCUUGCAGAUCGAUGAACCCAACAUCGAGCCAUUUCUCCGAGAGAGAGUGGGGAAGAUACUGAAGAUAUGCACGUGCCAGAGCGAUCCUGCGGCAGCCAGCCAGAUGUACAAGGAGUUCGAGCAGAUCCUGUGCGGCACGGACUUUGUCCAGAGGCACGUGAUGAGGAGUCAAGACCUGGAGGGCCGCAUGUGCAACCUCGCCAUCGUCUACUCGAUCAUCAAGGGAACACACGAGUACAUGAUCUCCAAGGGCUACGAGGGCAAGAAGCUGAAGAUGCUGCUCGCAGACCUCAUGGAGGCUCUGGACGGCCAAGAUUCCAACAUGCUGCCAAGGCUGAGGGAGACUUCGGCGAGCCAGACCAGGAGCGCUCGUUUGGAGGGACCGAGAGAACUUUUGCUGCAGGCACAGAAGGCGUUCAAGGCUGGUGAUAUGGAGCGAGCUCGAUCCUUCGCGCGUCUCUGCAGGAAUGACGUCCUGAGCAUGAAACGAGGGACAACGGAAGUGGAGCGGGGACUGGACGCCGAACCGGAAAAACAGAACAGACUGCACGACAUCUGGGCAGAGUCCUUGAAGAUUCUCGUCGAGAUUGAGUCCGCAAGACAGGUAGAAGCCCAAGAAAGAGUCCAUGUUAGAUCUGCUCCCUACCAACGGUUCGCCAGCCCGGGAUCUGCCACAGGGCAAUUGAGUCCAGGAAGGUUGUUGCAGGGGAUCUAUCAGGUUCAGUACUCGCAGUUCUCUCCGGAGCGAGGAAGGAGUGAGCUCCUGGCUGUAUGGAAGGACUUUGACGACGAGGAAGCAAGGAGAUCCUCUAUCUCAGUGAAGCACUGGUUGUUUGAAAGCCACAACUGA